UAAUUAUUGGGAUUCCCUAAGAUUUCACUUCCCUUGUAUAACUGACAAAAUAUAACCAAUUAACCACCAAAAAUUAAGAUUAUAGAAAAAGGCCUUCCAUAUUUCCCUAAAAUUUCAUUCUUGUAAAAUCUCCCAAGAUCUCCGGACUCCAAUGUUUAUGGAAAGCUUAAUAACUUCCUUAAACUAACCCCUCAAGACAUGACAAGACAAAGUCUAAAAGUUUGUCUCUCUGUAUAUAUCCCCUGUCAAUGCUCUGAUCCUAACCUAAGAACUUAAACAUCUCUGUCAAGAAAUCAGUCCAAUUCCAUGGAACAUCGCCAAGCAUUGCCGACUUAUUCUCUGAAAUUGAAUAUCAAGUGUUGCACCAUGUGUCGAUUGAAAGUAAAGGAGAAGCUACAAAAAAUCAAAGGUUGUUUCUCCAUUUUUACUACUAAUUUGGUUUGUAUUAAAUUUGUUUUUGCUGAAAUUUUCCAUGUUUCCCUACAACUAGGAGUGGAGUCUAUCGUCUAUGAUUCCGACGGAGUGGUAACAGUUUCAGGAAAAGUAAACCCAAUGAUUAUCGUGAAGAAGCUUGAGAAAUGGGGCAAAAGUGCAGAGCUUUUGUCCUUCCGAAGGUCCCCCAAGCAAGAUGUUCAGGGCAGUACCAGCUGUUCUAACAAAGGGGUUGAUAAUUCUGAUCAUCACGGAUCACAUUCCAAAAUAGAAAAAGGCUGUUGUUGUCGUUGUGAUGCUAUGUCUGAUUCUGACGAUAACCAUGAUCAUGGUCAAGAUGAUAAUGGCGAGGUACGUGCAGCUACGAAAAGCAAUGCCAGCAUCACUUGGCAACACCCUGAUCCCACCAUCAACAAGCAAAGCACAAAGGGUAAAGUCAAGAAAAGGUUUAUUGGUUUGUUUUCUAAGAAAAUUGGAGGAGCAAAAGAGAAGUUGGAUGAGACCAAAGAUCGAGUAUCCACGAUAGGGAAGCCCUCAACGAUGGAUGGACCACCCAAAUGGCGAUUUCCCUGGACGCCUAUGCCUAGGUAUGGUGGUCCUAUGCCAUAUAAUCGACCCUUUGAGUCUUAUCGUCCGCCGCUGACUGGAAGGCCAGCAGCACCUCCGCACCAUCCAUUUGGGCUAAUGCGGCCUCCCCCUUCGCCAGCGGUACCUCCUCCAUAUGGUUUUUUCAAUUCUAGGCCACCGCCAAAGGCUAACCCUAUGAUCCACUACACCAGUUAUGCAGACAAUUACAGUUACUGGUGAACUGUUUAAAGUUUGAACAUGGUCGUCUGCAAAGGACUUGUUAUUUGUUUGUCCCUUGCCUUAGAAA